AUGAAUCCAUCCCAAGAAGCAUUGAAUGAAAGAUCUUCCCUGUUAGAUAGGCGUAGGUCUUCUUCACAACAAAAGUACAAUACAACUCCAUUGUCUAUACCACUACCAUCAUCUCCUUACCGAGAACAAGACCCUCUAGUUUAUCCUCCUACUUCGCAUUCUCAACAGUCAUUCAACAACCGAUUUAAAUGGUUUAAUAAGCGCACAGGAUCAUAUGAUGAAGACAGACAAGGACUAGUCAAAGAAAACACAGGUGUCCGUGUUUGGAGUGAAUCUUAUUCCAGUAUAGAUUGGAUUCAUGACAGAAUCAAAGAAGGUGUGCGGAAACGAAAGUUUCGAGAUAUACCCGGGCCAAGAGGUCAACUGUUAAAAGCGAGUGAUGCAUCACAAGCCUGGAUUUUAGUUAUUCUUAUAGGUUCUGUUGUUGCUGCUAUUGCGUGGUUUAUUGAUGUUGUUCAAGAAUGGAUGUCUGACCUCAAACAAGGCUAUUGUACAACCAAUUGGAGGUUGAACAGCAAUUUCUGUUGCUGGGAAAACAAAGAAGAGGCAUGCGAUGCAUGGCGAACAUGGCCAGAAGUAUUUGGCGUAAAAGGAGAAAGUGCUACUUAUUAUACUGCCAUGUUGAUGUAUACUGCAUUUGGGCUAUUGUUCUCACUCAUUGCUGCUACGAUGGUGAAAUAUACUGCCGAGAAAGUUAAGGUUCGCUCUCCGUCUAAACCAGCUCCAUUUUCGAAAUCACCUUCUAUGGUCUCCAUUCCUGCUUCUAUCGAUAGUACAACCAACAAAGUAGAAGGAUUAGAAAUACCUGAAUAUGAAACAAAGAAUGUCUACUAUAGUGCAGGUUCCGGUAUUCCUGAGGUCAAGGUGAUUUUAGGCGGUUUUGUUAUCAAGGGGUUUCUCGGUAUCAAGACAUUGAUCGUCAAAAGUAUCGGCAUGAUCUUUUCUACAUCAGCUGGUCUCACUGCAGGCAAAGAAGGUCCUUUUGUGCACUUGGCAUGUUCAGCAGGCAACAUUGCAUGUCGAUUAUUUCCUAAAUUUAAUAAGAAUGAAAGCAAGAAAAGAGAGAUUUUGUCUGCAGCAGCUGCAUCCGGUGUAGCAGUUGCAUUUGGUGCUCCUAUUGGUGGUGUUCUUUUUAGUCUUGAAGAAGUAAGCUAUUAUUUCCCCAUGAAGACAAUGAUAAGAAGUUAUUGUUGUGCUAUGGUAGCUGCUAUUGUCCUAAAAAUCACAGAUCCAUUUGGUACUGGAAAAAUCGUCUUAUUCCAAGUUUCAUAUGACAAAGAUUAUCAUUUAUUUGAAUUAGUGCCUUUGAUUAUUUGUGGUGCAUUUGCUGGCUUUUUUGGUGCAUUCGUGACUUAUUUCAAUAUCAAAUAUCAACAUAUGAGAAAGUCCACUUUUAUCUCUAAAUAUCCCAUAACAGAAGUAUUAUGUAUCAUGCUCUUUACAGCUCUUGUUAGUUUCUGGAAUCCCUUCUCAAGAAUGGGCUUGAGUGAAUUUGCUGCUCAAUUAUUUUCAGAGUGUUCACCUACAAACGACAAUGGCGGUCUUUGUGCUCGUACUGUACAAGAAAUCCCUCAAUUGCUUUAUUUACUUAUAACUACACUGAUUAUCAAGAUGGGCUUGACCAUGAUCACCUUUGGCUGUACUGUGCCUGGCGGUAUUUUCUUGCCUAGCCUGAUCAUUGGUGCUGUCACAGGAAGAAUCAUUGGCCUUAUUAUGCAAUAUAUGACACUAACAUACCCAGAUGCAUGGCCAUUUACAGCAUGUGCUCAUGACUUUGCCACACGUGGAGAAUGUGUCAUUCCUGGGGUAUACGCCAUUGUUGGAGCAGCUGCGGGUUUGGCUGGUGUAACAAGAACUACAAUUUCUUUAGUGGUCAUUAUGUUUGAAUUGACGUAUUCCCUUACUUACGCCUUGCCUAUUAUGGUCGCUGUCAUGGUUGCUAAAUGGAUUGCAGAUGCUAUGUUUGUGGAAGGCAUUUAUGAUUUAUUGAUUGACUUGAAGCAAUAUCCUUACUUGGAAGCUCGUCGAGAAUACAUUCAUACGAUGACCAUCAUGAAUAUCACUGAAUAUCUCGCUACGAUUGAUGUGGAUGAGCCUAUCACAAUUGGAAGACUGAAGCACAAACUUGCCAUUGUAAGAUCCAUGGGCUAUGCUGAAGAUGGUGGUUUCCCUAUCCUAAGUGAUGGUGAUGUUCUAGAAGGGUAUAUUGCCACAAGCGAAGUCAUUCAUGGUCUCGAACAACUUGAAGCCAUCUUAUCUGCUACCAUGUCUGAAAACGAAAUCAACCAAGUUCCUUGUUAUUUUAAUCGACUCAGGACUCAUCAUGAUUCAAGCAUGUAUCUCUCUGUUAAUCAUGACUUGAAAACACCUUUAAGAAGUCUACUGGAAGUGAACCAUGCAGACGACAAUGAGUUUAUUGAAACAGGCAAAUUGAGUCAACCAUCCAAUGAUUUUUCACAGUAUAUUGAUCAUGCUCCUCUUACUAUCAAUCAAAACGCUUCUAUGACUUUAUUGAUGGAUAUGUUUACUAAACUUGGGGCAAGAUAUGUCUGUGUCACACAUUCAAAUGGCAGAUAUUUGGGUAUUAUUCAUAAGCGUAGACUUUUAGCCUACCUUAAAGAAUUGGAUGAAGAAGAUGAUUAA